AUGGUGUACACAUCAAUUGUUCAAUCCUCGAUUUCAAUUCUCUCUCCUUCGCCCAGAUUCUAUUCACACACUAAAAUCCCAUAUCGAAUACCUCAAAUCCUCCCAUCUUCGCCAUUAAUCCCUGUUCUCAAGCUUCAAGUUGCUCCCACCAGAGGAUUAUGUACUGUAUGCUGUUAUAAGAACAAUUCUAGUCAAGAAUCUGAUAAAAAGGAGGCCGGACUGAAUUGGCGAAUAUUGAAACGAUGGGAUGUGCCUUGGAAUUGGCAAACAAUUUCUUUGACAUCACUUGCAUGCGGAUUGAGUUUUGUUUUGACAGGACUGAUUGAGGCAGCAGCAAUACCAUACACGGGACUUAAAAUUGAAGAAUUAAGUUUGGAUGAAAAAGCAGAAAUUCUAUUUGUGGAUCAAUCCAUUGCAACUGCAGUGGUGCUUGGUGUUCUAUAUAGUCUCACAAAGUCAUUCUCUCCACUUCCUGAUGACAUUUAUCGAUAUGAUUUGAAGGAACCUUUCAAUUUUCAAAAAGGCUGGUUGUUGUGGGCCGGAAUUGGUCUAGGUGGAGCUCUAGGUGCUAUUGCCCUAACAGGUGUUGUGAUGUCUUUUGUCAAUGGUGAGGCUCCACAACGAGAGACUGAUGCUCUUGUCCGCCUCCUUCCAUUGAUUGGAUCUUCGAGUAUCAGCACUGCCUGCUUGGUAGGUAUCACAGGUGUCCUAGCACCUAUUCUUGAGGAGACUGUGUUCAGAGGUUUUUUUUUGGUGUCUCUAACCAAGUGGUUGCCAACGCCACUUGCUGUGCUUAUCAGUGCUGCUGUUUUUGCAGUUGCACAUCUCACUCCUGGAGAAUUUCCUCAGCUGUUUGUUCUUGGCACUGCUUUGGGAUUUUCAUAUACUCAAACCCGCAACCUUCUCACCCCAAUCACGAUUCAUGCCUUUUGGAACUCGGGAGUUAUCUUGCUUCUCACCUUCCUUCAGCUCCAAGGAUAUGAUAUCAAGGAAUUGUUACAAGCAUCUUGA